CAGACUUUCCUGUCGAAAGUUGAAAACAGGAGUGACAGGCAUUGUAGUGGCUCCAAAGCAGGUAACUGGGUUAGAGGUUUUCGGAUUGAUACUUAGCUGGUUUCUGUAUUUGGGCUGUCUCGGGGCCACAGCGCUUGGAAAUGCUGAAACCGGUGUGGAAUUUCAUAAAACGGCAUAAAAAGAAAUUUAUAGUUGCAGGUGUUUGUAUCGGAGGAGUAUAUGUUUUGGGAAAAUAUGCACAGAAGAAAAUUAGAGACAUGCAAGAACGAGAAGCAGCAGAAUAUAUUGCUCAAGCACGGCGGCAGUAUCAUUUUGAGAGCAAUCAACGGACUUGUAACAUGACAGUAUUAUCAAUGCUUCCUACUCUAAGAGAUGCAAUAAUGCAGCCCCUUAACUCAGAAAGUCUUACAGCUUUACUUAAGAAUAGGCCGUCAAACAAAUUAGAAAUCUGGGAAGAUUUGAAGAUAAUAAGUUUUACUAGAAGCAUCGUAGCUGUGUACAGUACAUGCAUGCUCGUAGUUUUGUUGCGAAUUCAGCUGAAUGUCAUCGGUGGCUACAUCUAUUUGGACAACACGGCUAUCAGCAAAAAUGGCACAGUACCUCUGGCACCUCCUGAAGUUCAGCAGCAGUACCUGUCCAGUAUUCAUCAUUUGCUUGGAGAAGGUCUGAGUGAAUUGAUAACCGUGGUAAAGCAUGCUGUCCAGAAAAUCUUGGGAAGUUUAUCCCUGAAAGAAAGCUUGUCUCUACAAGACUUGGAACAGUUCCUGCAACAGAUAAGACAGGAAGUAGAGAAGCCAACUUUGCAUCGAACUAACAGUUUGAAAUCAGUGUCACCGCUUUGCUGCUACAUGAUGCCAGAUGAAGAAAAUGCACUCAGACCACAGGCAUGUGGUAUAACUGAGAAAGAUACUACGACUGCAAAACUUCUCAAUGAAACAAGGGACUUGCUGGAAAGUCCAGAUUUAAGUUCUGUUUUGAGUAAUAGCUUAAACAAAGGAUUUAGUCGGCUGCUUGACAAUAUGGCAGAAUUUUUCAGACCGUCUAAUCAAGAUAUGAGGGAAAGCAAUUCAUCAAGCAGCCUUUCAAGUGUUAGUCUUCCUUUGGCUAAAAUCAUUCCAAUAAUAAAUGGACAGAUAAAUUCUUUGUGUAGUGAGUCACCUAGUUACUUUGUUCAGGACCUUCUAACAAUGCAACAAAUGAAAGAAUUUGCCGCCAAUAUCUAUGAAGCAUUCAGUACUCCACAACAGUUUGAGAAAUGAAGCACUUUUGUAAUGGAUUGUGUUAAUACACCUGAAAGUCAACACCAGCUAAUGUGGCAAUCUAAGCAGCAUCUUGAUUUUCACAAAGGAUGUGGUCAUUAUUAUUAUUAUUUUGAUAAUGAGAAGACAUGUCUCAGUGACGUCAAGACAGUGAUUUAUACUACACAGUACACAGAACUGCAGCACCAUUUGAACUUUAAAUCUCUGCUGUUCUUGAAUGGACUUUGAAUUGCUUAUUUUGAAGAAAACAUUCUCUGGACUUCCCCCAAGGCUUGAAAACUAACAGGUUCUAUAUACUGUAAGGCUUGUCUGGCUGUUCACUAACAGUAUGGCAGAGACAUUCACCAUUUACCAGCUAUGUAUAACACAUAGCCUUUAAACUUUUAAUUCAUAUUAGCCUGAAGAAUCACAGUGUGGAUCAGCAUGUAUGCAGCCCAACAGCUUUUAUAGGUAUUUUCAAAAUUGAGUAUUAAAUGAAAUUAUUUCCCUUUUGCAGGUCUUAUUUAAAAUAUGGAAGAAUAUCACAAAAUUGCUGUAAAUAUCUUUUUAUUGUCUGUAUCCACUGUUCACACUGAAUGACUUAAUGUGAUAUAACAACCAUUGCAUAUAGAGGAUAUCAUCUUAUUUUUGCCUGUUGUCUCUAUGUCACCCUUGUUCCACUGACAUGGUCAUAGUCAAAUGCACUACAUUGUGUUUAAUGAAACAGUCACUUUUAGAUAGGACCAACAUCCGAAAGCAGAAAUGAAAAAAAAACAGCUUCCUUAAGCACUAUGAAAUAUAAUAUGUAUUGUAUUACUGAGAAUCACAAGUCUUGCAUUUAAUAGCCAACCUAUUUAAUUAUUCUAGUACCUUACUAAUAAUGAUUACUUACCCCUUAAAGAGAGCUGACCUGAAUUUUUUAAGUCAGUUUGCCCAGCAGAAUAUUAAUUUUAAAUACAGACAUUAUUUUUAUUUUCCCCUUCUGUUUAUUUUUUUUAUUUUUUUAUUUUUUAGUUAUUAUUGUUG